GCUUACCAGGAAGGGGGCAGGGUGGCUCCCCAGAGCAAGGGUGCUAGCUGGGACAAGGAACAGUUCUCUGCCUGGGUGGCACUCCUCAGACCACUGGACCCCUCAUGGCAGGGGAGACCUUUCCUUUCACGUCCUCCACACUGCGUGCUCUCCGCCUACAGAGAGAGUGGCUGGAGUGGGAAGACAGGAGGCGGGCUGCUGCUCAUCGGAGUCGAAGCCAGAGGGGCCUCUCUAGUCCCCAGGCACGGCUCACGAGGCCUCGCCGCUCCUGCCGAGACCCAGCUGUCCAUAAUGCCCUGUUCUCUGGGGACCUACAGCAGGUUCAAAUCCUGUUCCAAGAUGAAGAGGCUGCCAACAUGAUUGUGGAGACUGUGAGCAACCAGCUGGCCUGGUCAGCAGAACAGGGAUUCUGGGUGCUGACUCCAAAGACCAAGCACACAGCACCUCUUACCAUCGCUGUGGCCAGAGGCUACACAGACUGCGCCCGGCACCUUAUCCUGCAGGGGGCUGAGCUCGAUGCCCGGAUUGGAGGUCACGCUGCCUUGCAUGAGGCCUGUGCCCAAGCCCAACCCGACUGUGUUCGGCUGCUGCUCACGUUCGGUGCCAAGGCUAACAUACUGUCUGAGGAGGGCGCGACCCCCCUGCACCUCUGCACGGCUCCUGAGUCCUUGCAGUGCGCCAAGUUGCUGCUAGAGGCCGGAGCAUCUGUGAAUGUGGCAUCACAGGAGAGCGAAGCCACUCCCCUGCACGUGGCUGCAGCUCGUGGCCUGGAGCAACACGUGGCUCUCUACCUGGAGAACGGUGCAGACGUGGACCUGCGCACCAGCCAGGGCGAAACUGCACUGAACGCAGCGUGCGCUGGAGCAGAGGGGCCAGGUAGCUGCCACGAGGCGGCAGCGCGACAGCUCUUGGAAGCCGGGGCUGAUCCCCGGGCUGCUGGUCGCAAGCGCCACACACCACUACACAACGCCUGUGCUAACGGCUGCGGAGGCCUGGCCGAGCUGCUGCUGCGCCACGGGGCCAGCGCCACAGUCACCAACGGGGCAGGCCACACACCCAUGGACUGCGCGCUGCAAGCGGUACAGGACGCCCCCAACUGGGAGCCCGAGGUCCUCUUUGCGGCGCUGCUGGACUACGGGGCCCAGCCUGUUCACCCUGAGAUGCUGAAACACUGUGCCAACUUUCCUCGGGCCCUGGAAGUCCUGCUUAAUGCCUACCCAUGUGUUCCAUCCUGUGACCCCUGGGUGGAGGCGGUGCUCCCGGAACUGUGGCAGGAACACGAAGCCUUCUACAGCUCAGCCCUAAGCAUGGAAAACCAGCCAAGGCGGCUCCAGCACCUGGCCCGCCUGGCUGUGCGUGCUCAGUUGGGUAGCAACUGUCGGCAGGCUGCCGCCAAACUCCCACUGCCCCCACUGCUCAGAGACUACCUGCUGCUGUGUGUGGAGGGACAAAUCCAGUGAGCUCCGAGCAGGCCACUUCCAUCUGCUCCUACACCCAGGCUGGAAAACCAACCAGUACCCUUUCCUUUGCACUUAGCAUGGCCUCCAGGGCCAGCUCGUCCCUCCACUGACAUUUGAAGCCACCUGCUGAUCUUCAGGCCUUCUCAGCCUGUCCCCAAAGAAACCUUUCACCCACCUACCACUCUCACGCAUACGUAGAUAGAUGGCCUCUUCAUCGACCCCAGCUACAAGCAACUGAUCCCAGGUGCAGCUCCUCCC